AUGGUUUCCACCAUCCCCCGUCCACCAUCCCCCGUCCACCAUCCACCGUCCCUCACCCCCGUCCGCCAUCCCCCGUCCCUCACCACCGUCCACCAUCCCCCGUCCACCAUCCCCCGUCCACCAUCCCCGUCCACCAUCCACCGUCCCUCACUCCCGUCCCUCACCCCCGUCCACCAUCCACCGUCCCUCACCCCCGUCCAUCAUCCCCCGUCCACCAUCCACCGUCCCUCACCCCUGUCCCUCACCCCCGUCCCUCACCCCCGUCCACCAUCCACCGUCCCUGACCCCCGUCCCUCACCCCCGUCCACCAUCCACCGUCCCUCACCCCCGUCUCUCACCCCCGUCCACCAUCCCCCGUCCCUCACCCCUGUCUCUCACCCCCGUCCACCAUCCCCCGUCCCUCACCCCCGUCUCUCACCCCCGUCCACCAUCCCCCGUCCCUCACCCCCGUCUCUCACCCCCGUCCACCAUCCCCCGUCCCUCACCCCCGUCUCUCACCCCCGUCCACCAUCCCCCGUCCCUCACCCCCGUCUCUCACCCCCGUCCACCAUCCCCCGUCCCUCACCCCCGUCUCUCACCCCCGUCCACCAUCCCCCGUCCCUCACCCCCGUCUCUCACCCCGUCCACCAUCCCCCGUCCCUCACCCCCGUCUCUCACCCCCGUCCACCAUCCCCCGUCCACCAUCCCCCGUCCACCGUCCACCAUCCCCCGUCCCUCACCCCCGUCCACCAUCCCCGUCCCUCACCCCCGUCCACCAUCCCCGUCCACCAUCCCCCGUCCACCAUCCACCAUCUCUCACCCCCGUCCCUCACCCCCGUCUACCAUCCACCGUCCCUCACCCCCGUCCACCAUCCCCCGUCCACCAUCCACCGUCCCUCACCCCCAUCCACCAUCCCCCGUCCCUCACCCCCGUCCACCAUCCCCCGUCCACCAUCCCCCGUCCCUCACCCCCAUCCACCAUCCCCCGUCCACCAUCCCCCGUCCCUCACCCCCGUCCACCAUCCCCCAUCCCUCACCCCCGUCCACCAUCCCCAAUCCACCAUCCCCCGUCCACCAUCCCCCGUCCACCGUCCACCAUCCCCCGUCCCUCACCCCCGUCCACCAUCCCCCGUCCCUCACCCCCGUCCACCAUCCCCCGUCCUUCACCCCCAUCCCUCACCCCCGUCCACCAUCCCCCGUCCCUCACCCCCGUCUCUCACCCCCGUCCACCAUCCCCCGUCCCUCACCCCCGUCUCUCACCCCCGUCCACCAUCCCCCGUCCCUCACCCCCGUCUCUCACCCCCGUCCACCAUCCCCCGUCCCUCACCCCCGUCUCUCACCCCGUCCACCAUCCCCCGUCCCUCACCCCUGUCUCUCACCCCCGUCCACCAUCCCCCGUCCACCAUCCCCCGUCCACCGUCCACCAUCCCCCGUCCACCAUCCCCCGUCCCUCACCCCCGUCCACCAUCCCCCGUCCACCAUCCCCGUCCCUCACCCCCGUCCACCAUCCCCGUCCACCAUCCCCCGUCCACCAUCCCCGUCCACCAUCCCCCGUCCACCAUCCACCAUCUCUCACCCCCUUCCCUCACCCCCGUCUACCAUCCACCGUCCCUCACCCCCGUCCACCAUCCCCCAUCCACCAUCCACCGUCCCUCACCCCCAUCCACCAUCCCCCGUCCCUCACCCCCGUCCACCAUCCCCCGUCCCUCACCCCCAUCCACCAUCCCCCGUCCACCAUCCCCCGUCCCUCACCCCCGUCCACCAUCCCCCAUCCCUCACCCCCGUCCACCAUCCCCAAUCCACCAUCACCCGUCCACCAUCCCCCGUCCACCGUCCACCAUCCCCCGUCCACCAUCCCCCGUCCCUCACCCCCGUCCACCAUCCCCCGUCCCUCACCCCCGUCCACCAUCCCCCGUCCUUCACCCCCAUCCCUCACCCCCGUCCACCAUCCCCGUCCACCGUCCACCAUCCCCCGUCCACCAUCCCCCGUCCCUCACCCCCGUCCACCAUCCCCCGUCCCUCACCCCCAUCCCUCACCCCCGUCCACCAUCCCCCGUCCACCGUCCACCAUCCCCCGUCCACCAUCCCCCGUCCCUCACCCCCGUCCACCAUCCCCCGUCCCUCACCCCCAUCCCUCACCCCCGUCCACCAUCCCCCGUCCCUCACCCCCAUCCACCAUCCCCCGUCCCUCACCCCCAUCCCUCACCCCCGUCCACCAUCCCCCGUCCCUCAACACCGUCCACCAUCCCCCGUCCCUUACCCCCAUCCACCAUCCCCCGUCCCUCACCCCCAUCCACCAUCCCUCGUCUCUCACCCCCAUCCCUCACCCCCGUCCACCAUCCGGCAAAGCCGUCUUCUCCUUUUAGCAUCAACACCUCAGCUACAGGGAGCAUAAUGAGAUUCCACAUGAACAAAACAGCCUCUCUGAGCUCCCGCACCAGCAUGAUGAUGGAAUGA